AUGUCCGGCUACGCUGUGAUCAUUAUCGACGACAAAUCGGACGAUCCCAUCGAGAUAGCCAAUCCCAACGCGCCGCAAGAGCACCCAAGGCCGAACGAGGAGGCGGUCGCGGCUCUGAAGCAGGAUGCCCUUGGGGCGGAGGAGGAGGCGGAUAAGCCCAAGUUCAGGUGGCACGAGUGGCACAAUGAUCCGGUGAUGGACAUUGUGCUGAACUCGAACGACGGGGUGCUUUUGAGGGGAAGUUCCUGGGUGCUGAAGCGAGAAAGCACCGUCAUCAAAAGGAUGCUCGAUCCUGCGCUAUACCCGCCUAUGGGUGACCAGGAAGCGAUCUCCCUCCACUUCUCCGCCGAUACCGUCGCGCUCUUCCUCACCCGCUGUCAAUCGGCCGACGCGUCCAACCUAUCCACCCUCCCUUUCCAAGCCCUCUACCAGUACCGCAAACUCGUCCUCUACCUCGGCUGCCAACGCCUGGUCGAGCAGGUCCAGCCCUCAUACAGGCGGGUGUGCAGGAAACACCCGGUCAAGCAUCUUCUGGCGGCCAGCAGCGACAACGACGUCAAGGAGGCAAAGCGGGCGCUGCGGCGGUGUGGGCGCGUCAAUAUCGCGCUGGACUCGGCGAAGUUUUCGGACCUCCUCUGGUGCGUCAGACCCGCGUGGCGUCAUGCCAUGUCGGUCUGCCUCCUGCACCGGGGCCAUGACAAGUGGUUGACGCCAAAGUGGCCGGAUAAGGGGAGGGCGAGGCAGUUUGGGAGGGACGUGGAGCGGAACAGGCGGGAGGCGGCUGAGGAGGGUAGAGAGGUUAUGGGUAUCAGCACGUUCGGGGCGUAA